AUGCUGCUGCUGCUGCUGGCCCUGCUGUGGUGGAGGCAGGGGGCCAAGGGAUGGUGGGAGGUGGAAAAGGGUUACCAGCUGCAAGUGCAGGAGUCAGUGACGGUGCAGGAGGGACUGUGUGUGUUUGUGCCCUGCUCCUUCUCCCACCCUUGGAGUCACUGGAGCAGCUCUACACCAGCUCGUGGCUACUGGUUCCGGGAAGGGGCAAGAGUAGGCCAGGAUGCUCCUGUGGCCACAAACAGCCCAUAUCGAGGAAUGCAGGAGGAGACCCGGGGCCGAUUCCAUCUCCUUGGGGACCCCGGGAAAUACAACUGCUCCCUGGACAUCAGAGACGCCAGGAGGACAGAUGACGGAAAAUACUUUUUUCGAGUGGAGAGAGGAAGUGUGAUAUAUUCUUACACAAGUAACCAACUCUCUGUGCAUGUGACGGCCCUGACCCACACACUCAACAUCUUCAUCCCGGAGACCCUGGAGUCAAGCCACCCCAGGAACCUGACGUGCUCUGUGCCCUGGGCCUGUGAGCAGGGCACGCCCCCCAUCUUCUCCUGGAUGUCGGCUGCCCUCACCUCCCUGGGCCCCAGGACCCGCCUCUCCUCGGUGCUCACCCUCACCCCACGGCCCCAGGACCAUGGCACCAACCUCACGUGUCAGGUGAAGUUCCCCACAACCGGUCUAACUGUGGAAAGGACCAUCCAGCUCAACGUCACCUACUCUCCACAGAACUUGACCGCCACUGUCUUCCAAGGAAACAGCACAGCACCCACAGUCCUGAAGAACGGGUCCUCUCUUUCAGUCCAGGAAGGCCAGUCACUGCACCUGGUCUGUGUUGUUGACAGCAACCCCCCAGCCAGGCUGAGCUGGGCCCAUGGGAGCCAGACCCUGAGCCCCUCACAGCCCUUGAACCCCGGGGUCUUAGAGCUGCCCCAGGUGGAUUGGGGGCAUGAAGGCAAAUUUACCUGCGAAGCUGAGCACCCUCAGGGCUCCCUGCACGUCUCCCUGAGCCUCUCUCUGCAGAGAAAAGCGUGGCCUUUAUCAGGAGUGGUGAUGGGGGCCGUGGGGGGAGCAGGUGCUACAGCCUUGCUCUUCCUAUCCUUCUGCGUCAUCGUCAUCAUAGUGAGGUCCCGCAGGAGGAAAGCAGCCAGACCAGCAGAGGAUGUGGGUGACACGGGCAUGGAGGGUGCAAACAGUGUCACGGGGUCAGUCUCUCAGGGUCCCCUGAUUGAAUCCCAGAAGGGAAGCUUCCUGGACCACCCUCCCCCAGAUGUGGCUGCCCCCUUCUCAGGGGAGGACGAAGAGCUCCAUUAUGCAUCUUUCAGCUAUUGUGGCCUGAAGCCUCGGGAUCCACAGGUACAGGAGCCCACUGGUAAUGAGUACUCAGAGAUCAAGAUCCACAAGUGAGAAACUGAAGAGACUCAGCCCUGGCUUGAGGGAUCACGGUUCCUGUGGUUCAAACAAAAGUCCCGGGCUGAUUGCUGUAGAGUUAAAAAUCCCUCUAAAUAGUGUAAAGAGCACAGACUUUGGAACCAAAGAGUUUUGAGUUUGAGUCCACAUCUGCCUCUUGACUAAGUAAGUGACAGACAAACUCCUACCUCUCUGCCUCAGUUUCCUGCUUUGUGAAACCUGGAUGAGAGCCCCACCUGCAAAUUCAUAGUGAGAAUUCUGGCAGUGAAAUUCUAUCACAGCACCUGCCACAAAGUGUAUGCUGAACACAUGCUGAACCCUGAUGCUUUGAACAGAAAAGUCCUGCUGGGAAUUUCUCCUGACUCUGGAGGGGACCAGUGUCACAUCUCAGAUCUAGCACACAGGUCCCUUCUCCUGGAAUGUCCUCCCACCAGGCCUUCAUCUGCCUCUGUAAUUGAAAGCCGAUCUCCAGAGGUGAACUUCCGGGUUGAGAUGGGAAAGCCAGGCUGCAGCUCAUGGUCUCCCCUCUAGAGACAAAUCAAAUGAAUGAGGAAGGUUCCCAAAUGCUCACAUGACCAUCUGAUGAAUGAAACAACAUGAUCCCCAAAUUCUCCUACAGCACCCAGACGAAGACAGGAAUAUAUCACAGCAGUCACUUCAUGAACUAGCUUCUAUGGAAAGAAAUCAAAGGAUUGGAUGAAGCUUUAAAAAUUCCCUACAGAUGGACCCCUGCCCCUUUAUAACAGCAGCAAGAAACAUAAGGCACCAAGGAAAUUUUUAAAAUUUAAACAGGCAAUACCUCCAUACUGAAAAAUACAGAACAUUGCUGGCAGAAAUUAAAGAAGAUCCACAUGAAUGAAGAAAUAUACCUUGUUCAUGGAUGGGAAGACACAGUAUUGUUAAGAUGUCCGUUUUCUCCAUAUUGAUUUCAAGUAAUCCCAGUCAACAGACAUAAAGCGAGAGUCAUCAAGAGAGCGUGGUGUGGACAGAACAGAGUCCAUAAACGGACCCACACACUAUACAGAAUCCACUGAACUACACCCAGUCUAUUCAUCUAGGAAAGGAAGGACUUAACAAAUUGGUAGAACAAGUGGAUUAAGGUUUGGAAAAAAUGAACCUUAUAAAUGACACAUUUGGUUUAUAUAAUUUGAAUCAUGCAGUUUGUACUCAUGUGUUUUUUUUCAUUCGGUAUUAGUGUUUUUGAGAUUCAUCAAUGCUGUUGUGAGUAUGAGUAUUUUGUUUCUUUAUUACUGAGUAAGAUUCCAGUAUAUUACACUUGGUUUACUCCUUUUUCUGUAGAUGCACAUUUGGUUUGCUUCCAUUAUUUGACAAUUAUGUAUAAAGCUUCUGUGAAUGUAUUUGCACAAGA